ACCUACAUAUUAAAUUUCAUUGGCAUAUCUCGAAGACUUACAAACAGAUUUUUAGAAACCCAAAAAACUUCACCUUAAAAAUCGUUGGCUCGAAACCGGCUUUAGACCCAUAGUCUCUCAGGGAAAGCUGUUCAGAAUGAUCCGUAGAACGUUUUACGCAUACGCGAACUUAUAGUAAAAAAUCAAACCACUCUAAUGUACAUAUGUAGCUUUGAACGGCGACUAUGGAAAUCCAGUUGUUAUAUGGAAAACUUUCUUUUUUGGACAUAGUCUCUUAAGAAAAGUUGCUCAGAAUGAUCCAUACACGAUUUUUUCUUUUUUUGACUUCCUGUAAAUCGACCCGCUUUAAUGUACUUGCCAUAUGUGCUACAAAUGUGUGUAUGUAUAUACACAAGAAAGGGAAAUUAUAGAAAAUAUUUAACAAAAAGUAAUUAUACUAAGAAAUUUUAAUAAUAUCGAUAUACUAAAUACUCUUUGAUAAUUGACUCAAGGCAUUUGUAAACUAAUUGAACAUCUUACUCUUGUACGAUAUUGCACGUCUACGUAUGAUUUAGAAAUCAGGUGACUUAAAUUCCUAAUAACUUACGGACAUUUACUCAUAUGUAUGCAAGAAUGUCACAAAAAUGUGAACUGUUUAUUGAAGAACGAAUGCAUUUUACAAUCGUUGCACUAUUUUCCAUAAACUUCGCGAAUGAGGCCAACGAGGAUCCACAAUCGGUCACAUAUCGCUUCAAUUGGGACCUGGCUCAUCAAAAGCUUAUUGAGGAUAAUAAAGAGGACGACGAAUGGAAGAACAGAAAAGAAACUGAAUUUGAUACAUUUGAUGGUCGGUUCAAAAAUAAAGCUAUUAACGAUAGUAUAAGCAACCGCUUUAUCGACAAUAACACAAUAGCAGACACUACUGACACAUUUCCACAUUCAUAUUCUCUUUUAGGGCCGGAAUUCGCCCUAGAAUUCGCAUUCCAAGAUGACGGCAUCUAUGUGUACUUGGUAUCCGAAGAUGGCCGAAAUCUUGUCACACAUUAUGAACCCCAGAUCGAUUUGCAAUUCAUCGAAUCGGUACAAGUGUGUGGCGAUGUGGAAAAAGUCACACAAUUAACAUUCUCUUACAAUUAGGCGCCAAUUACAAAUUUUCGCAAUUGCAAAAUCUGCCAAAAAGUAAUCAAUUUGUUCUUGCUGUUGCAGUUGUUGCACGAGCAAUGGCAACUGCAAUGGAACAUCGCGCUGAACCGCUCGUGGUUGGAAGAAAUGCUAGUAAGCGUAGUUUUUGAUUGAUUGAUUGAAUUGAUUUCCUUAUUUAAGCUUGAACUCAUGCAACAGCAAAAAAUAUUAUAAAUUCUGUUGAUUUUGUUAAUAAUUCAACUACUUUUUCACUUGAAUUUAUUUAUUUACGAAUCUCCUUUUGAUAACUAAUUUCGCAGUUUUAGUUUUUAAUUUUUUUUUUAACUUUUUUAGUAUUAAUGAAACGAAAAGUAUUAAACAUUGGCACUUAUUUACCUUAAUCUCAGGCGCAGCAUACCGUUUUAUGGCACGAAUCCCUGGCAUUACAAGAUCUCACGUGGCAAGUCAAUUACACCGCGCCCCCUCCCGCAACCAUGCCUUGCAUUAAGCAGUUUGUUUGAGUUUUUAAACAACCAAAAUAUGCACAAAACGCAUGCUUAUGUACACAUAUUUACAUAUGUGUAUGUGUGUCCAUGCACCGCGCCAUUUGAUUAGCACUGCUCAUACCCGUUUCCGUACAAGUGGGAUUGAUAUAACUUUUGCAUGAACGCAUUAAGCGCCGCUGCCAUCUAAGUUCUUAAGUAUUGAUUAAGCUAGCGCUAAGCAUGAGCCGCAAGUAUUCUAUUUAAAAUAUUCGACAACUGUGUUUUAAAAACUCUUGUUUUUCUGUACUAACAAUUUUGCGAUUGAGUGUUGUCUAAAUACCAAAGAUCAAUAUUAAUAUUAUAAAUAUUACAUAUAACUACUUACAUUUAUAAAAAAUAUAUAUAUAUAUGUAAAAAAACGUUGAAGUUGUUGCAGUUUUAUAAAAAUACCGUUGUUGCCUUGUAAACGCUCGAAUUUCUUGUAAGCAAUAAUGAAAGAGUUUAAAUUUCAAA